ACGGCGCACUGAGCGGAGAAAUAAAGUGGGCGAGGUUUAGCUGUUCAAGACAAAAGAAAACGUUAAACGAAAACAAAGCGGGACGCCUUCAUCUCCUAUCCGGCCUGUAUAUCUUAUAUUUAAGUGCAGGGAUUAUUUUUUAAAUAUGAUAAUACAGAUUCAUGUCUUACUUUACGAAGAAAUGAUAACACGAGGACGGUAAAUUCAAAUCUUGAAAUGGCAGAGAGACGUAUUAACCAAGUGAAAUAUCCAUUGCUACAGAGUAAACGAGCUAGAAAUUAAGUUUAAACAGUAAUAUCGUAGUUUAAUAACGCAUGUCAUUAGAUCUCUGUCUGCGCGUUAAAGGGAGUCAAAUAGAUCUAGUUUACAAGGAAAAUGCUGAAAUCGGACGUCAACGGGUUUCAGUCACGUUCACCGGACUGUCCCGCUGGAAGCGUUUGUGCCAUCGAGGGUUUGCCACCGUUACCCAAAGGAUUGACUGGCAUUUUGAACUCAAGCGGGGGGUCCUGGAGAGACAUCGAGAAGGUCCACAGCAAGAGGACGCGCAUCCAGGCGGACAUCAGCAGUUCCAGAAUCAGCGACGCUCUCGGCCGCAGUAAACCCGCAAGCCUUGACGCAGCGCUGGCCGUGUUGCGCAAAGAGAUGGUGGGACUGAGGCAGUUAGACAUGUCCUUACUGUGCCAAUUGUGGUCUUUAUACGAGUCCAUACAAGAAUACAAAGGAGCUUUCCAGGACAUCUCCUCCUCUUUGUGUGAGAGCUCCUUCAACACUGAAAACGGCUUUUCUGAAGAUGAAGAGGAGGAGGAGGAUGAAAAUGAAGGGGUGAGUGGGGAAACGCUGCUAUCACUUCCUCAGCCCACUCUGAACUCUCGGGACCAGUGGAUCAAGGACUCUUUCCACAUCCCUAUUUAAAUGAACUAGUCACUUUGUACUUUCUUUAGGUACGGAUCUCCCAUUAUCCUCAUAUGCAUAAGCUGGGGCCAACGUUGCCCCAUUGUUUGCAAGGGGGGUCCUAUAACUGUAUGAGAAGGAUUUUAUUUUUGUAGGGUAUUUUUACAAUGGCGAUUGUAGGUUUGCUCCAUGGCAACAAGGAAAUUGUAUUUUCAUUGCGUGUGAAGUCAUAAAGACAGGAUAAGGACUGGCAGGAAAAGGAUGUUAUGGCCGGAAGCGUUGCACACUUGGGUGUUUUUUCUACAUAUGGAAGUAUACAUGGAUCACUUAACUGGGCUAUAUAUUUUGGUAGUCACAAAUUCACUAUUUUGUAUUGAUGAAUCAAAUAUUUACCAUCACAACAACGUUUUCUUUAUCACCACCUUUGUCUUUUGUUAGUAAGUUAAACAUAGAAUGUAGUCUAUGCAUUAUGGAAAACUAUAAAACAACUUUUACAUUUUUAUAAAAGUCUGUGUUUUGUGUAUGAAUACAAAAGAAAAAAGAAAGAAAGUUUCUAGACCACUUCAGGUGACGUAAAAACGCUGAUCCAACGCUGGUAAAGAAGAACUUCCUGUUUCAGUUUGUUAACACUGCACA